GAACAGCAGCGGAGUCAGUCAGCAAACGAUCGAUGAGGAUAGUGGCCGCAGUUUGUACUUCUCCCGUGGACCCUGUGUCUGUGCUGUACGCGCGCGCGUGUGUGUAUGUGCGCUGAGUAAAACCGUGUCAUAUUUAUACUAUACAGGAAAGACUCGAUCGAUUACUAAUCUGCCUAUAAAUACUAAAUAAAUAACCACCGGAUUGUGAGAGCAGAAAGAAGCCUGCUACGAUCCAGCUGCUGCUGCUGCUGCUAUCCAUAACAGUAUUGUCGACGACGAAAGUGAAAACGAAGAAGAAGGACCGAAUAGUGUUUAUGUUAUUUGUGAAACUCACGACCUGCUUCGAUGCGAUAUAAUGGCCGUCAUCAUGUGAUAAUGAUUAGUGCCGCCGAUAUGGACAGCGUUACCGUCGUGUGAAACCGAACCGAACGCCCACGACGGCCAUUCUUGCUGAGGGCUAAAAUCCAGCAGCAUCGUAAAAAUCGAUUCCCCGCUGCUGCUGUUGGUGUUAUUGCUGAAUCGUUUCAGUGCGUAAGCAACCAACUAACACAGCGAAGAAAUCGAUGCACUGUGCAUCGCUGUCUGCUAAUUAGUUCCCAAAAGUACCACCCUCGCGUGCCCCAGAAGAAGUCCCGAAACUGGGCCAUCAGCUUUUUACCCCCCGGGAAAGAGGGGUGCAGCCAAAAGUUUAUAAAUAUGCACUGCCUGCUGUGCUAAGUGUGCUGUCAUUGACUGCAGAGCAGAGCUUGACCCGUCCUCUAUGUGUAGGAAGGAAACCAAAGCAAGAAGGUCGAAGUAGAUACUGCACACACAGUAUCCAUCCCGAUCUCUCCUCUCCGCCCUUCACAGCUUCGCACCUAACCCCCCCCCCCCUCAAAUACUAAACGCAAUCGCAUCAGGAGGAAACUUUGACUUCAAAGAUUACCUAAUCGAACGCACACACACACGCUUGGCGGUAGCAGUGUGUUAGUGGCGACCAUUUGGUAAACAUUGGGUCACUCACGCGGUUCCACUCUGCAAGCUGUCAUUCAAUCCCGUUGUCACUCUCGUAUCGUGCGGCGAAUUGCCCGAAUUGCAUAAUCGAAAGUUUGAACGCAUACCAACUACACCACCCCCACACACACACGGGUUCCCGAAUGUCGCUAUAGCAACACACACUCAAACAACCACUCACACCCGGAUUGCCAUCAGCCGCCAGCAGCAGAGAUAGAAGAGUGUAAAUAAAAAUAAAUACCAACUGGACGGGGCAAGUGAGUGAGUGAGUGAUUGAACCGCGGUCGCUGGCGUUCGCGUGUAGAGUUUACACGUAUUCUAAAUUGGAAACCGCGAGAACAAAACGGGACUCUCGCGUGCAAUACCACCAACACCGUUCGUGUGUGCAUGUUGUUGCUGCUGCUGCUGCUGUUGAGGCGCAGUCAUCCAUCUUUGAUUUCGUCACCCACAAAUACACUCUCACUGUUUUGGAUGUGCGAUGUGAGAUUCGCCUGCUGCAUCGCGCUCGCGGCAUGAUUCUGGCAAACAGCAGGCCACUAACUAGUAUUGUGCAGUAGGCCUUGGCGGAGAGCUGCGAGUUUAUCUGGCCAUUGGCAGCCAAGUGUCCAGUGGCUCUGUGUGGCAUCCAAAAGAAAAAAGCAAAAACCCUAGAGACGGAAGCUCUGUACAGGGCGGAGUAAGCGAGCAAGCACUACACCCGUGGGCGAGUGAGAGAGCAGCUGGCUGGCUGGCUGGUUGGCGAGGAGAGAAGUGUUGGAAUAUGGCUGUGUUUUUAAUUAACAUAUGCAAGUUCAAUGGUUGUGGCAUUACGUUUCCCAGCUUGGGCGAUUUGAUUCAGCACAUCGAGGAUACACACAUUGACUACGACUCCCAGAUCCUCGGGCAGAAGGAAAAAUCUCAGUCCACUUGUCUUCCGCUGAGUUACGUGCUUCGCUUCAUCACUGAUCCAUCGCGUAAGGAGAACACACUGCUGAACGGUGGCACCACUGGUCUUGGUGGUGCCCUCAAGGGAGCUUCAGGGGGAGGAGCAAAUGCCGGUGAUGGAACCGGCUAUCAGAGUACCCCACCAGGGACACCGGGCAGCACUAAUUCGUCGUCGCUGCUCGGCAGUAAUGGCUCACUGGUGGGGGGAGUUCUCUCCGGUGGAACGACAGCAUCGGGAGCCGGUGGCAAAGGGGGUGCCACCGGGUCGUCAGGUGGAAGUGGUCCGGGUGGAGGAGAGAAACUGGCGUCAACCGGUUCGGCCGGAACCGACAUGAAGCGGAAGAUUGCCAUCAAGCAUCACAGUUACAGUAUGUCAUCGUCUAAUCGGAGUACGACGCCUACCGGAAGCGAAAUGGACGAUGAUGAUAUGAUGGUGUCCGAGUCGGAGGACAGUAAUGACUCCUGGACCACAGAGGAGUUCAGCUCGGAGUUUAUAAUGCGCUACGGGAGCAGGCGGCACUCUUCUUCCGGUGCCAAUGGACUCAAUUCCUCCAAUGAGAAACCUUUUGCAUGUCCCGUACCGGGUUGUAAAAAGCGUUACAAAAACGUCAACGGCAUUAAGUAUCACUCGAAAAAUGGCCACAAAAAGGAUGGAAAUCGAGUCCGGAAAGGCUUCAAGUGUCAUUGCGGCAAAAGCUACAAAACCUCCCAAAGACUAAAAAACCAUCAGCUGAGUACCCAUCAGAACCCGGCAGUGGAUUCCGGUGGUGGUGGUGGUAUGCAAUCAUCACACAGCGCGGCUGCUGCCGCCCUUCAACAACAGCAGCAACUGUCUACAUCCUCGUCGUCGCCCUGUACCUCUUCUGUGUCGUCCGUCGUUGCGUCUGUAUGUUCCUCCGUUAGUAGUAACAAUAAUAAUCACACCAGUGGCAGUGCGAUAGUCGUCACCGGUGGUGCCGUCGCCAUCGCCACUGCAGCAGCAGCAUCUAGUCAAAUUGCUUCAUCCUCCUCGAGCUCUUCAUCAUCAUCGUCGUCGUCUUCGUCGUCCUCGUCGUCAUCGUCGGCGGGUUCGCCGAACGGCAAAUACGACAAUCUGGGUAUUCUGACACCGGCCACAUCGCCCAAGCUGACGCUGAUGAACACCGCCUGCAGCGGUCAGGAGAAUUUACUCCCGAUAACGCCAAUCAGUCCGAACGGGAGCAGUGCAACGAGUGGCGGCACCACCGCUACUGGUACUGGUGGCAGCACCGGCGGUGGAGUAGCAGGAGGUGGUGGCACCACUACUUUGACAAGUAGUAAAACUGCGGCUGUGUUGUCCGCGACUACUCUCGUGAGUCAGCUGCAAACCGAAGAGACGUAGCCGAUACUCAAGAACCUACUGUUGAGAAAGUGUUGAAAGUAGUCGCGGCGCGAAUCGACCGGCCCCGGAACUCUAUAUAUUCACGGUUCGGUUCGCGAGAUCUUUUCGUUUCUUUGAUUAAUACUAGUAAAACAAAAAACGCUUUUAUCUAUACCGACACCUUGGUCAAAUGCAGAGAUAUAACUAAAAUAGGCAAAACAACUAAAAACAUACACGAAUUAUAAGUAAAUUAUUAUCGAAAUAGGUACUGUUUAGAGCUUUGAAACGAUUAUUAUCAGUAAUAUUCAGACGAAAGCUAUGAAAUAGGUGUUUCACGCAAACUUAUUGUUGUAGAAUGGUAACAAAAAAAAUCUUACAGAAGACAAAAAAAACAAUAGCUUGGAAUAACCCCCCCUUAGGUAUAACAAAAAAAAAACAAUAUUUGCAAAUCAUCCGUACAAUAGUAGCAGUUGUCCUGUGUCUUUUUGCCACCGUCCGCCACCUUGGCGCGGACAUUAAACAAUCUAAUUUUCCGAGAGGCGUUUCCGUACUUAAUAACCACACCCCCAGAAUAUGUGUAGGGUUCAGAAGCAAGCAGUCUUUUCUGUUAGGUUUCGUUCUAUCUUAAUUGUACAUCGAUCAUUGUUAAUUAUUAUUUUAUUUUAUUUAAAUGUCCGUGUAUAUGUUCCAGCUUGCUUUUUUUCCUGUGUAUCACUAUGCAAAAAAAAAUAUAACCCUUAACCAGAAGAGUAUGUAAAAUACACACUAAUCCGUUGAUCACAGUUUAAUAAGGCAAAACAAAUCGCAAACCCCUUUUCGAAGAUUGUCCCUACAUACACAUCCGCAUAUUACCCACUAAAACAAACACUAAAAAGCAUGUAAAUUUGAAACAAGAAAAAAAUCAGGAAACAAUAGAUCAUGUUUAAAAGAAGAGAAAAAAAUAUUCAGAUCUCAGACAGUUUGCUUGCAGCUUGUUGAUAAUACCAUUAAGAAAUAUGUACUUCACAAGCGCAAAAGCAGCAAAAAAAAAAAAAACAACUAAACAAUGUAAGAGAAUGCUAAUGAUACCAAAUUUAAACGUAGGGUCUAAUUAAUAUUUCCUAACGCUAAACAAAAAAAAGGAAUGUAAACACAGAAGGAGCAGAAAAAAAAUUGUUUACUAACAUAUUAAGCAGCCACUACACAGAUAGGCAAGCAGAAAAAUCUGAGGCUCCUAGUGCUAUCAAUCCGUGUGUGUAAGAAAGGCUUCUUAAAAAAAAAACACCGCUGAAGCGGUUGGAUUUGUUGUUUGUUCUGGAAAUGGAGACACGAAGGCUCGUUUCCAAUGCGUUAGAGCAAUGAUUAAUGAAUGCUUUUGAAAUCUGUCCCCUGAACAAACUCCAACUCCAGCAAUAUGGCACGCUUCCAGCGCGCAAAUCUACAUACAAUGCUCAAUAAUAGAUCAGUAUCAUGUCGCCAUCCAGCAACAUAAAGCACAUUUUUGCACGUUUUGCAAGACUACGGAGGCGAAGGCAUCGCCGUCGUUGUCUUCAUCAUUUUCAUAAUUAUCAUCGUUCGUGCAUGUAAGAUACCGUCGCAGUGGAGCGCAUUCUUUCCCUCCCUGGAUGGGGUGCGCAAGCUGGGAACGUCAAUCCAUAACUAAACACACACACACACACAUACACACAAACACCUAGUUAGCCCACACAUCACAUGAUUUAUCAUUCAUUCAUGUACAUUUCGUGUACAACCCAUGCGCGCGCAUACAAUUUGUGUUGAUUACAAAAAAGCUGUGAUUUUUACAACCUCGUCCCUUUCCCCUACACUUGAGAGUCCCGCUUUUUUUUUCUUCUAAUUGUGAUCCCCUCUAUCCCUCUGAACUCCUCAUGUAUAUAGUGACUAAACAAGUAGAAAUGUUCCCCCCACUUCUUUCCCUACCUUCUAACCCUUAAUCAACAGUGUGUCCAAUCCUCGUUCGUCUGUUAUUAAUGUUAGGAAAAUUUAGUCGAUUAUGUCGUUUUAAGUUAGUUCUAGUGCAAAAUCGUAUUCGAAAAUUUGGGCAAAAAUAACCAAAACGAAAUCACCGGGGGCUCUGCCAGCAGCAGAGCCUGUCAUUCCAACUGACAGCCUGGCGAUAAUAAAAAUAAACGAUGAGAAAAGAAAAACGAAAUUGAGGGGAAAAUAGAAGUAUCACCCCCGCUGGUCCUGUCCGCCUCCCUUUCAUCUACACAUGGCAGAAGAAAGAGCGCCACGAAAGAGGAGGAUGGGAAAAAGUGAAUACUUCAUAGCUAGUCAAAUUUUAUGUUAUUGUAAUUUGUAAUUACGUUUUACUACAGACAUAAAAACAAACACACACAUACAUACACACAUUGUAAAAUUACAAACCUGUAAAAUGAUAUAAGCGUGUAAGCAAAAGAAAAUUAUCAUUAUGAAUCGAGAAGGAAAAAUCAUCUUUGAAUCGAGGGGAGACAAAAAAAAAUGCAAAUCCUUUAGUCGUCUUUUAAUGAAAUUUAAGAGUAAUUAAGAAGUUUAAAUUAUUUAUUUAACUAAAUUGUGAAACCAGAAAAGAACAUUACAAUUGCUAAAUUAAAGCGUAAAACAGAACCUGCAUGAACUAUAUCUCUGUAUGUCAUAUUUAUUGUAUGAUACUAUAGAAACGAUAGAUCGAAACAUUGACAAAAUGAAGUAAAAUAAAUGAAAAGGUGAAAAACA